UGGAGAUACCUGCGGCUACUGCACUCAGCUAGCAGCUUCACCCAUCACUCAUCCUGCCCAGGAAUGACGAGAUGAACGACAUCCAAAAUGACUUUAUUUUGUUUCUCACUUGACGCGGGGUUUUAUUUGAGGGAAAUCAUGGGGCUCGUCAUUUGGUUUUAGCGUUUUUAACUGUUGUAGCGUUUUGCCGAGUCCAUUUUGCGUCUAAGUGGAAGUGGUUCAGACAAAGAGAAAGGAGCUUUCCCAUAGCUAGAAUGGUUCGGGCCUAAAAAGAAGACAAGAGCAACAUGAACCGUGAGGACCGGAAUGUGCUCCGAAUGAAAGAACGUGAAAGGAGAAAUCAAGAAAUCCAGCAGGGCGGAGGAGAGGCGUUUCCAGCUAACUCCCCUCUUUUUCCUGAGCCGUACAAAGUGUCCAGCAAAGAGGACAAACUCUCGAGCCGUAUCCAGAGCAUGCUUGGAAACUACGACGAGAUGAAAGAACCCAUCGGCGCAGACACUCUCCCCAAACUCUCCAAAUCCUCCAACAACAACACCUCCUCUUCUUCCGAGGACAAAUCCGGGUCGGGCCUUUACGGAUCGGAUCAACGCAGUGGCGGGACAGGUGGCAGCGGACAGAGCAAAUGGACUCCGGUUGUUUCCACAGGGGUUGGCUCUUCUACCCAAUCCCAAAAACGCUCAGGACUGCAAAGCGGGCACAGCAGCCAACGGGGCGGUAACGGUAGUAGUAGCAGUAGUAGUAGUAGUAGCCAAAGACACGGUGCGGAGGUGCGAGACAAGAAGUCGAGCAAGCAUAGCAGCGCUUCUGAACAUUUGAAAUCACACACGUCGAGUCCCGCCAAAGGGAACUUAAGCUCAUCGAGUAGGAGCUCAUUGUCCACAGAGCAACAUCACAGCAAAGACCGCUACAGGCCCAAGUCUCCACGGGACAGAGAGGCCAGCUGGGACUCCCCCUCCAGGGUCCACACGUUCCCCAGCGGGCAGCACUCGAGCCAGGCCUUCCCCCCUUCACUCAUGUCCAAGCCGCCAGGCUCCAUGCAGCAGAAGCCCACAGCGUAUGUCAGGCCCAUGGACGGACAGGAGACCACUGAGGCCAAGAGCUCCCAGUCCGAGAGCUACACGGCCCCCUCCCACAGCAGCACUGUUGGGGAGAUGAAGUCCAACGGGAAGGCCUCACUCUCCAAACUCAAGAUCCCAUCACAGCCCAUGGAGGUACGGGGCUCCAGUGACCCCAAUUGUGUGGAUGAGAUUCUGAAGGAAAUGACUCAAUCGUGGCCUCCUCCAUUGACAGCAAUCCACACGCCCUGCAAAACUGAGCCUUCAAAGUUCCCUUUCCCCACUAAGGACUCUCAUCCAUUCCCUAGCGGUCACAAACGUUCCUCCAAAAGCUCAAGCAGCCAUCAGUCCAAAGCUUGUGAAGACCAACCAACGCCGUUGGAAGAGGACCUUAAACUUAGCAGCAGUGAGGACAGCGACGUGGAAGAGUCUGGGAAAAAUGCCUCAAGAAACACAUCAGCAAGUAAUAACAGUGAAGUAGCGGAGCAGUUGAGGGACGACUCGAGCAGUCACAGUGGGUCCGAGAGCAGCUCUGGUUCAGACAGUGAGAGCGAGAGCAGCAGCAGCGACAGUGAAGCCAACGAGCAACCGCGGCCCGCAUCACCCGAGCCUGAACAACAAGGAGCGAACAAGUGGCAGCUGGACAACUGGUUCAAGAAAACCAAGCAGUGCUCUCCCGCAUCCCCUGUCGACAAUAAUAAUGCUCCCACUAAAUGCAAGAAGGAGGGACGGGACAAUAGCUCGGGACGGGGGUACAGCAGCCAGGGUGGAGGUUCCAAAGACUCAUCCACACCAACGCCGAGCAGGGAGUCCCGGGCGCCACAGAAAGGAGCGGAGGGAGGCAGAGGGAGGCAGAAGUCACCAGCUCAGAGCGAAGGUGUAACAAACAGUCGAAAAGUUACGGGAAAGAAACAACCCAAAAAGUCUGAAAAGCUCCCUGUGGUAGAAGAGCCCAAAGGAGGGUUAAGAGUUGAGAGUGAACCCGCUCCGGAGGUCCCUCAACGGCCCAAAGCGGCAACUAAAGGGUCUCGAAAACCAAGCCUCAAAAAGGAGCUGAAAGCGUCGCCUCGGCCGACCGCAAUAAGCACAGCGGACAAAAAACCCAAACCUAAAGCGCCGGUGAAAAAGCCACGGAAAACGGACUCGUCGUCGUCAGACUCGGAGGAAAAUGAGAGCAUCCCGUCGUCAUCGCAAACGCCCAAAUACACGGAAAGUAUCAGAACUCCAGUCUGUGUGUUCUCCCCGAUGGAGGACAAGGAGCUGCUGUCGCCCCUUAGUGACCCGGAAGAACGCUACCCAUCCAGGACGUCCCAGCAGCAAGUCCUGUUAGUCAAGAUAGACUUGAGUUUGCUAUCGCGGAUCCCAGGACGACCGUACAAAGAGCCUGCGGACAUCAAAGUAGAGAGAGACGAUUGUUUAGAACGAGACACUAAAGACACCAGCCGGCACAACUCCGAGAAGAGCUCCAGCAAAGGGAAAAGGAAACACAAGACGGAUGAAGACGGCACUAAACCAGUCAGUAAAAGGCGAAAACCUGAUGACAAACCCGCAUCUCACCACAAGAGCAAUAGUGAAGACUCCCGGAGGUCUCUGGAAAAAAAGGAGGAGGCAGUCCCGUCCCCGUCUCUGCCCGGGCCGCAGCGGACGCCCAAAGCCGAGCAGCCGAGUCGAAAGAGGACCGCCAGUCAGUCCUCUACGUCCCUCUCCAGCGGCACGGGCAGCGGCAAAGAGGGCAGCCAUGGCAAUAAGACGAGCUCCGCCUCCAAACACCACAAAGGAGAGGUCAAAGGGCGCAGCACGCGGGACGGCAAGGACAAAUCCUCCAAAGGCAGCAGCGAUAACCAGCUGGCCGUGCCCCCCCUCUCCUCAGACGGCUCCAAAAACCAACGCUCCAAGCUCGUGUUCGAAGACAGGGUCCAUUCUGCUGAUCACUACUUACAGGAAGCCAAGAAACUCAAACAUAACGCAGAUGCACUGCUGGACCGGUUUGAAAAGGCGGUGUAUUACUUGGACGCAGUGGUGUCUUUUAUUGAAUGUGGAAACGCAUUGGAGAAAAGUGCACAAGAGGCCAAAUCCCCGUUCCCCAUGUACGCAGAGACGGUGGAGCUGAUCAAAUAUACUAUGAAGUUAAAAAGCUACAUGGCCCCAGACGCGACUUCGGCCGACAAGAGGCUAGCUGUGCUUUGCCUCAGAUGCCAGUCCCUUCUGUACCUCCGGUUAUUCAAACUGAGAAAAGACAGUGCGCUCAAAUACUCCAAAACACUCACAGAACAUCUAAAGAACUCACUGAGUAACACCCAGGCACCCUCUCCUGGAAUGGGGAAUAAAGCGGGCAUGCCCUCCCCCGUCUCCCCUAAACUGUCCCCCGGCAGCACGGCCAGCGGGUACUCGUCCGUGAGCAGCAGCAGCAGCGGCAGUUCCUCCGUCACCAUUCCCCAAAGGAUCCACCAGAUGGCAGCGAGCUACGUCCAGGUCACGUCCAACUUCCUGUACGCCACUGAGGUUUGGGACCAGGCCGAACAACUGUCCAAGGAGCAGAAAGACUUCUUCUUUGAACUGGACAAAGUGAUGGGUCCUCUGAUCUUCAACACCAGCAGCAUGACCGAACUGGUGCGCUACACGCGACAGGGGCUGCACUGGCUACGGCUCGACGCCAAACUCAUUCCCUAAAAAAAAAAAAAACUGGACUUUACGCUGCGUCGUCCGAUCACCACCCACCACCUCCACCAACUCCUCCACCUAUCAGUCCGCCGCACAACCAAGCACCAUAUCUCACGCACUAACAGUGAUACAGUUAAACCCAACGUGUUCAUACCCAGGCUGAGAUUAGCACUUUGUUCUGCUAAGAAAUGACAACAAAUUCAACUAUUUUAAUGUAUGAAUUGCCUGAAAUGUCCUACAGUUUGGCAUUAAACUCGUAUCUACUCCAUUUAUUCAAUCACAGAAUGUUCUUACCGUGAGCUGCUUGUCUCUCGUUUAAUGCCAGUCUGUGGUUUAUUCCAGGCAACGCAUAAACAUCUCCAUGGAGACGAGUACACGAGUACACGAUGCGUAUUUAUUUAUCUCAAAGACUUGCGCAAAAUCAGUAAUAUAUUUUCAGCGAUUAUGCUUUUUUUUUUGUAAUUUUUUGUUUCAGAGUGGUAAAAAGCAGAUCGUUGCCAUAGCAGUUAACAAUUUUAAAUUAAAUGUUCUAUUUUCUGAACGGUCUGAAGUCCUCAAAAUGGCGCUUAUAGAAGAAAACUGAAACCUAUGAAUAUAUAUAACUAAUUUCUUUCUGUUUUCUACUUUUUUUUUUUUACAUAAAUCAGUGGUUUCUUGAUGAUAUUUUGAUGAUUUUUAUAUAUUCUGAUUAUGUUAUUUGGUUUUUUUUUAUAGCCUGGGUAUGAAAAUAUUUGGUUUUAACUUAAUCUCACGGACAGAAACAUAAAAUUGAGUACUGUAGACAUCUUCUGGGGUCUUUCUCCAAAAACAUAUCUCCAGCACUGUGUCAUUUCGCUUCACCAGCUUUGCCAAAACUGAGCAACUUUUGGAUUAUUUUCCUCACACCUUCUAGCACCACACAGGGAGACUUUGAAUAUCUGACCUCAGCCCAUGCUACAUCUGUCUGGUAUUAAGACAUCGACGAAAAAAAAUUGGAAAUUAUUUAUUACGAGAACACUAAAAAUAGCGCUUUUUUUUUUUUUUUGGCUUUUAACUUUUUUUUUUUUUCACCAAAGUACCUCCCACGAACGCCAAAGGUGCUUUAAAUGAAGGUUUCUCUUAUCAUUUCUGUGCCUUCUUACAGGAAAACCAAUCUUCAAACUGCUAUUUUAUUUAAUAUUUCUUUGCUCUUUUUCCCUAUUAAAUCCUAACAGUCAACGAAAAACGGGCGACGAUUAUGUUUUACCGUGCGGUUUAACGUUAUCGACCCAGUCUUAAAGUUUUAUUAUUAUAUUUUAAAUUCCUUUUAGCAUUUUUUAAACCUUAGGAAUGGCUAACAUGCACAUACAUAUUUAUCAAAUCUUUAUUGAAUUUAAACAGAUCAUGAAUUAGUUUAUAGAUUAUGAGCUUUUUAACCACUAAAAGUUAUUGUCUUGUGUUAGAUUGUUUUCAAUGGGGUGUAAGACCCAACUGGGCCUGUAGGGGGAGCUAGUCACAGCUUUUAAUCUGUUGAAAUUAAUAAAAUAACCUCACAAAUUUGAAACCCUGGUGUUUCAACGUCCUAUUACAAAAAACACGUAUAAAUUAGCAUUGUUAUUUGAGCGUGAGCCACUUCCCUUUAGCGCUUUUUCAUCUUUUGUUCGUUUUUCCGUGGUAUAUUUUUCUAAGAAACAGCAGGAGAGAACUAAGUAUUGUCGUCCGAUGCAGUUAUUUACAUUAUAAAGUUUUUACUGGGACUUGGCUAAUACGGGGAAGCAAAAAUACCAAUAAUGAAACCUAUAAUCUGUUUGUUUUUUCGAAUUUAUUUAAACGUAUUGCUUUUAUUACGCGCAAAUUAGAUUAACUUAUGAUUUUUUCACAAUAAAACAAAACAAACUCUCAUUACGAAACACUUUUAUACAUUUAUUUUAUCUUUAAAACGCAAACACUUCCAUCCAAAGUGUCUUCUGUGAACGAACGCAGCGAGCGCCUGAGAAAUAACGUCGUUAAAGCUUCUAUUUAAUUAUAAUUGACAUUACCACUCGCUUAAAGACUUGACGUUCACUCAUUUAUAAAAAAAUAUUGUCGACAAAAUUACGAAAUCAUCUUUUAUUUGUCCGAGUUUGAGUUUUCCUCUACUGGCUCCCGGCCUUUACUGUGGGAGGGGAUACUGUUAUAUGCCCUCUUUAACCCAAAAAAAGAGGUAUUAUUUUAAUCUAUGCAGGAUUUUUUACAAAGAUCUGUUUUUUGUUUCCGUGAGAAGCCUGUUUAAACUGUCCAAUGCCUUUAGCUUUUGCAACUUUGUGUACUGGUUUAGUAUAUAGUAAAUAUGUAUAUAGUUUUAUAACCAAACGGAAAUGGCCAAAUCGAGCCUUUUUCGACUUUAAGCUGGAGGCCACUUUCUCAUCGAUCGCUCAGUCACUGUCUUCAUACACUGGUACACUUUGUAAUUACAGCCUACACUAUCUAAUACUCAAAUGUACAAAUCUAGCAUUAGUAUUUUAACAUUUUGCGACGUACUUAUUUAUUUUUGCCCCCCUUUUUUUUCUUUUUUUUUUUUUGCGUCAUGAUUUUUCAGAAUGGCCUUUUUCCAGGUGGUUCAGUGGUUCUCAAACUCGUCAAGUAUUUCGUCCGUUGUACCCUUUAGCAAAGCACCAAAGCUUAGGCCUUAAAUGUUAUAGUUCAUAUUGAAUGGUAGUGAUUAUAUUCUGCUGUAUUGGCCUUUUUGGCUGUUUUAAAUAUGUACUAUAGCCGAUUAUAGUAAAAUAAUUAGGCCCAGAGAUACAGAAAAAUACAAACUGCAUGACAAUUAAUGUGAAUAUUGUGGAAAGACUAGAAAAAAGAUUAUUAUUUUACUUUUUUAUUUUAUUUUAUUAGUUAAAAUGAUCACAUACAGACACGUAAACUUGGGUGCGUUUAAAUUCAGUUCAUCACAGCUCAAUAUUUAACACAAAUCUUACAUAUUUUUAGCGAUUUCCCUCUGAAUUUUAACCACUCCUUAACACGUUCUUAUCUUCCCACAUUAUUCAUCGACCGCUGCCUUUAUUUUCGUAAACUAUUUGACCCUUAAGACGUCUCAAAGACUGAAUCCCUAAGUGUAUUCGGCGUACCAUGAGCUGUACUUGCCCCGCGUUUUGAGAACCACUGCGAGUUUCACCGUUUUUUAAGAAAUUGUAAAUGUUUCGGGGGCUGAUGAUCACGAUGAGAUUUCUUUGUAAAGUAGUUAUUAAUAUUAACUUGUUUGAAUCCAGGGUAAGUUUUUUGACAUUCAGUAGAAGGAGCUUAACACUUGUGCAUGUUUCUAUUUAAAAAACCAUGUAUAAAAUGUAAAUAUAUAACAUUUUCUUUAAGGGCGAUUUCUACAGGUGAUCUUUUUAUUAAAUCGACAAAGCUGUAAAUACAUUUUGUGAGAUACUUUAUGCACAUUUCCCCUUUUUUCUGGGCCUUUGCGUUUCUUCUUUCAAUCGUUACAGACACCGCGGUUUGUCUGCUAACUGUAUAUCGAUUCAUUUUUAGUCUCUCGUGCUCGUACGUUUUCGUCUUUUCCGCGCUCUCCCUCAGUAUCACCGUCAGCUCAUAACCGACGUCUCUAGAUGCAACAAGUGCAAAUAUUUUCUUCUCUGUAUUUGAUAUGGAGCUGUUCAUGAAAUGUAUAUUGUUAAUCAUCACGGGGAUGUAAUGUAUUGCGUCAAAGAGAAGUUGUAUUUUACAGUUGUCCCUUUUUGAACAAUUGGUCCAAGAUGUUUUUUGGAGCAGAAGUAUUUCUCUACAUGUGGAAAAAGCUGUAGCAUUUGUACUCCGGGCCAGCAGCAUACACUAUCAUGUACAUUAGUUGUCUGAAAUUGGAUUAGUGUUACGAGAUCUGAACAUAGAGAGAUGCUAUUCUAUCAAAUGGAUGCAAUAUGAGACUAAAGGUACUCAAACUUAGGUGAUGUAAUUUAAAGCAUUCUUGUGAAGUGAGUAUUAUGUGACUAAUGAGAGUCUGUCCUGAAUAUUCUUUGUAUUUUGCCGUAUUGAGAAUAAAAUAUAUAUGGAUUA